AUGCAUGGACCUCCAGCCUCCAUAAAUUCCCUCCUCUUCCACUUCCCACCGACAUCGACUUGGGCCAUCGAUGAUAUGCUGAGGCUAAAUCUACGAAGGUCAACCAGAAGACCUAUUUUCGCUCUGCUGACGUUCGUCGCCAUUCUCACAUUGACUGGACAAAUCAAUGCCCCUAUAAGUCAUGCGCAAGAUGGCUUGCAAGAGGUGAAGACUCGAGUUAAAACGCGGCAAAUCAGAACCGGGUCAUUAGCUUCGAGGGUGCUCAGCGAACAAGACAAGGAAGAGCGGCUGGAGCAACACAUCUACCGCAAGGAUGGUCUAUUACAAGUAAAUCCUAACGGACCACAUCCUAUAUUCGAGUUGGUUCGAGAAGCGCAAAGGGCAUGGGAUCGAAAGUUAGAGAGGGCGAGUACGACACUGCAGGAAGCUGUGGAUGAAUAUUACCGCCGAUACCAAAGGAUGCCGCCAAGGGGAUUUGGAGAUUGGUGGGAAUAUGUUCAGAAACAUAAUGUUCAACUGCCAGACGAGUACGACCAGAUCUAUCGUGAUUUGGAACCGUUUUGGGGUAUGAAUCCGAUAGAUUUGCAGAACAUCCAGCGCGACUGGGAGGCGCAUAGAGAUUCUUUUACGGUGGGGAAAGACACCUUCGAGGAACCUAUAUCGCUCAAAAAUCACACUUUCGACGAUAUUGGCCCCAAUGGCAUGGCGAAAGGUGCCUAUGAAAUUAUGGAUUUGCUGAAAGAGGUCGAAAAUUCAAUACCCCCUUUCCGCGCCGUAUUUUCGCCCCAUGACAAUCCCAACUUGGUUACGGAUAGGGUUUUCAAAAAUGCAGCUAUUCGCGCAGCAAGAGAAGGAACGUUUGUUGACAUCAACAAUCCUCCGAAGUCGAAGGCGUUAAGAUGGCUCUCCGCGUGUCCCCCUGAAUCGGCUGCAAGGAACCAGUACAUCAACUGGGGCGGCGAGCCAUUCCGAUUACCCCUCUUAAUGGUGAAGACGUUCAUCCAUGACCAUUACAGGACAAUGGAUCCAUGCGAGCAUCCAUCUCACUUCCUUCUGCAUGGUCAAUUCAUAUCCCAUGGGAAAGGUCCCGAACCGCAACGCAUUCUUAUCCCACAAUUUUCGUACGCACCGACAAUGUUGCACCACGACAUUACACCCGCGAUGCCCAUAAAUUGGAUGGAGGAUAUUGCGCAACAAGGAAAUCCGGAGUGGGACGAGCGCGGUGACACGCGUUUACAGUGGCGAGGGAGCAAUACAGGAAUAUGGCACAGUGACGAGUACCGAUGGGAUCUUGCGCAGCGCAUGCGACUCGUGCGUUGGGCAGGCGACAUUCAAGAGAUGGAGGACGAAGAUUUAGAGUAUUUGGGAUUCGCUGAGAACAUUUCGGUGCUCAUUCCUACGGAGAAGGGACAGAAGGUGGGGAGGGCCGUGCGGAUCCCAAAAAAACGAUGGGCGCCUGCCAUGGUAGAUAUCGCAUAUGCAGAGAAACCGGUCAAUUGUCCCCCUGAGAUGUGCGAAAAGCUGAAAAAGAUUUUCGAAUAUCGACAACGCCAGGGGAUGCGCGCAGCAGGAAACUAUCGGUACUAUAUUGAUGUUGAUGGUAAUGCUUGGUCAAGCCGGUUCAAAAGACUAAUCACAUCGCAUGGCCUGGUUUUCAAGUCGACCUUGUAUCCCGAGUGGUAUAUGGACAGAGUCGCGCCAUGGGUCCAUUACAUUCCCGUUCAAGUUGAUCUUUCCGAUCUAUGGGAUUGCCUGGUAUUCUUCAGAGGCGAUCCACAGGGGAAGGGCGCUCAUGAGGAUAUGGCGAGAAAAAUCGCAGCAGCUGGCAGGGAAUGGAGCAUGACAUAUUGGAGGAAAGAAGACUUGACUGCCUAUACAUUUCGUUUAUUCCUCGAAUACUCUCGUGUUAUGGACCCAAAUCGCCUCUCACUUUAUUUUGAAGAUGUUACACCGAGGACGAGUAGAACGGGGCGAAAUCCCAAAUGGCGCGAUUAUGACGGUGGGGCAUAA